GCAUGAUCGAUCAUAUCGACGACAGUUAGUUCAAUUCGGACUACUACGGUACUAGCGCCCGGUAAAUACAAAAUCGAAAAAUAAACAUGAAAAGUCAACCUGUUGCUGAGUGAACUUAGGUAUUUGAGCUGAAGAAUCGAGUCAUUGACACCUUGACUGGGCGCAAUGGCAUCCCCUUCAUCCUCCAUCAACUUCUUGCCGUCUGAGGUAUCACCGACACUGGAGCCAAGACGAAGCUCCUCCCCCUUCAGCAGGGCUAGGAGCCCACUCAGGUAUAGAGAGUCUGGUUAUGGCCACCUGUCCUCUCUUGGCGCACUGCCCCUCUCUACCAGUGAUCCCGCCCAGCUGCAGCAGGUGGUGGUACAGCUCAGCGCUCAGGUUAAGGGUCUUCAGCAGGAACGUGAUGAGGAGAUGGAUAAUAUUGCACAGCUCAGAAGAAGGCUGAAUGAUUCGGAGAGAGAAAAAUUGGAACUUACCACAGCUUUCAAUUCAGAGAACUCUGACCUGCAGGCCCAAAUAGCCAAACUGAGAGCCCAGCUUGAGAAAGGAGAAGCUGAUAAGCAGAAUGUUGAAUACGAGCUUGCAGUGGCUCGGCAGUCCGUUAGUAGAGAGAAGAUGGGGGCAUCUGAGAAAGAACAACAGUUAAAAGGGAUCAUCUCUUCACAAAGUGAGAAACUAUCCACAUUGAGUGCUCAGGUGCAGGAGCUUCAGAUCCAGGCUAGUCAAUAUGAAAGGGAGAUGGUUAACAUUAAGAGUAAACAUCACAGAGAACUGGAUGAGCAGGAGAAGCGUCUGGCCAGUGUCAUUGCUGAGAGGGAUGUCCUACAGACGGCCAAAGAUGAAAUCGAACAGGUCUUCCAUGAGCAAGAAAGUCUAUACUCAGAUGCUCAGGAGAAGAUCACAGAACUGCGAAUUGAGAGGAAUACCCAGAGCCAGACAGUGAGGCAGCAGCUUCAUGAUCUUCAGCUUGCGGCUGAGAGAGAUGAAUCUACUAAGAGUGAAUUAAUGGCUGCAAAAGAAGAACUGAAAGAAAUGCAGGAGAGAAUAGAAAAGGAGAGAGCAGCACACACAGAAUCCAAGUUUAAUUUUGAAAUAGUCCAGUGUCAGAAACGGGAUCUGGAGGGAGCCCUCAGUGUUGAGAAGUCUGCCAGGGAACAAGCUAUUUACAACAUGGAUGCCAUGAGCAAACAAAUCAGAGAACUCGAAGCAGCUUACCAGGAAGAAAGAAGGGAAUGUGCAUACAACAAAGAACAGGUUCAAAGACUCACUGCUGAGUACGAAACGACUAAGUACGCUCUUACAGCUGAGGUAGAUCAGAAGAGAGAGGUGUUAUCGGGAACAUCAAAACAGAUCGACCUCUAUCAGAAGAACUUCAAUGGUUUGAAAGAUGAACUCACAAGGGCCAAGAAGAGGCAGAUCUAUUUGGAGGAGACCUAUGGGGGAUGCAUGCGAGAGCUGGAGCUACUCCUUACAAACUUCCAUGUGAUGGGGGAGGGCAACCUCCGACCCAAGAGGAAGACGGUGAAAGGGAAGGGGAAGAAGAGUGGGGGUGAGGGGACUGGGGUGGGGUCACAGCAGGAGCUUUCCCCCUCCCUGGUGCUAGAGACCCUCAGACACACCCUGACAAACUACCAGCAGAGGUUGGAUGAGACGACGCAAGAGUUAAAACGUAUGAAGGUUAUCCAUGAAAAACUUGCCAAUGAGUGUGAACACUAUAAGGAAGUCACAUACUCGAGAGACCACAUGGUCAAGGACCUGCAAACCAAGCUAUCAUCAACCGUCAAAGAACUGGAGAAGGUCAAAGGUCAGUACAGCGAGCAGGAAACGACCUUGUCUCGCCUGAAGGUCAAGCUACAGAGGGCACAGCAGGGUCAUGAGAAUGAACAGACAAAGGCAUACAACAUGGCUGACGAAUUUGUUAGGCAACUGACUAAUUUGGAGAAUGAGCAGGAGAAUAGGAAGCUGUACCUUCACAGUAUCUACCAGCGCCUCCUGGCUGGUCGGGUGGUGAUGCAGGAAGAUUUGGCCAAGAAUGGCGCCCAAGGCCUGGGCUGGCCUGAGCUUAGUGCAGGGGUGCAGGAAGAGGUUGUACAACUCAUGUCCAAUGUCAGCAAGGCUAAUGAAAAAGUUGUUCUUCUAGAGAGUGAGUUACGGACCAAAAAAGAGCAGUUCAUGCGCCUUGAAGACAAUCAUAAGGAUGCACUGGAUAGACUGGCACAAUCGGCUCAACAAAGGGAGACAAACUGGGUCAGAGAGAAAGAAGAACUGGAGCAUAGAUACCAGAAGAAAAUAGAAGAAUUGAAGAUCAAAACACAGAAAUCAAAGAACCUUGCAAGUGAUGCCCUCAGCAAAGCAAGGCACGACGGCUCAGCCAAGCAGGAGCUUGAAUCCCAGAUGUCACAACUCAGCGCCACACUCGCCACCCUUCGAACCGAGAAUUCCUCCCUUCUGGCCGCCUGCGCCCUUCUCGGGGGCGCCCUCCUCCCAGUGUACACCCGGCUCGGACAGCUAGCGGCUCAGAGACGCAUCCUUGAGCAGCAAAUUGGCAAUGUUGAUGCGUUCAAGCGCCAGGCGAGGGAGCUCGCACAGAUGCUGGCAAUGGAGCCUGGGAAGGGGGAAUCGUUACCAGGAGCCAACAGAGAUCCAUCUCGUACUAAGAGGAGGAGAAGCAGUCGAUGUUUGCUGAUGAGGUUUAGGGUUGCUGCCAUAGCUGUCAUGGCUGCACAUAGAUUAUUGUAUUUGGCUGGUCAAACUGAUCUACUGUUCACCACAAGUGAGAACACCAGUGGAUCUUAUGCAGUACCGCUAUGCCUUGGCAAUGCACAUAUGCCUCAAAGAAGCUUUUCAGGUAUGAACAGUAUCGCAAGCACGAGGUCUCUUCUAGAGGCUCAGACAGCUGGUUGGUUGACUAGUCCUGAUCUUCAGGCCAGGGUUAUAGCUUCUGUAGCUGAUCUGCAACAGCUGAUAGGACAAUCUGGUACCGGCAAUGGCCCAAGCAAUCACUCCAUCAUCCAAGCUUCCAUGUCAGCUUUCGAGAGCCUGGUAUCCCGGCUGGCCCCCUGCUUCACCACCGUCUCAACCCUUGCUCCCACUGCACCCACUUCUUACCCCCCUUACCGUCAGCCAACCUACAUGGUGAGGGGACCCCUGGUGCGGUGCCUGGGGCAUGGUCUGAAUAGACUCCUAGCGCAUACAUCGCUGGCAGGGGUCAAGAACCAGUAUGUCACUAUUGAGCAAACUAUGAUCACCUUGCAGAACCAGAUGGUAGACUUCUUAGACAGGCUCCACCAAGCAGAGGUAGAUAGAAGGUCACUCAAGAAAGAGAACGGCAGAUUAAGGCAAGAGACUGGCCAGCUAAGACUAUCAUCAGACAUAGCUUCCGACCUUCAACAGGAAGUGGCUAAGCUUCAAGAAAAAAUUCAGGAUACUGUAGAAAGGGGUAAAUUUGAGAAAGUUUUCCAGGAGCUCCAGCAAGCGUUAGGGAGAGAGCAGGAGGCCCAGAGGAUCCUUACGGAGCAGAGCAACAGACUGGAGGAGAUGGGAAUACAACUCAACGUCAAAACAACGGAAGAGCUGGAGAAAGAUCAUAAUAUUACAGAAGCCAUCAAGGGCCUUUCAGAAGCAAAGAUGGAGCUGAGACGAAAAGAGCAAUCAGUGCGACAAUUGAGCAGGCAACUCUCACAGAUGGAGAAUGAGAGACGAUCUCUACAGGAUAGUCUAAACGCCGCAGAGAGCGCACUCAAGGCCAAUACAAGAGAUCGCGAGAGCGUAGUUACGCAGCUGAGGUCUCUCCAAACAGCUGUAUCUAACACAAAGCACCACCUCCUUGCCAGAGCAGACAGCCAAACCAUUGAUAGUUCAUUAGCAAAGAUUGAGGCUCAGCUUCUUGUUACUGCCAUUUCAUCUCCUGACGUGAUAGCUCUCCAGAGUCUUGUGAGUACCUUUGUGGAAACCCAGAAGACGGCCAUCUCGCGACUCACUACUCUGGAGCUAGAGAUCACAUCUCACAAACAGCAUAUAACCAGGCUGAAGGAGGAACUCGCUGAUGCUUGCAGUAGGCAAAUGGCGGAAGGAGAGGUAACGCCUUGUGUGAAUGGAUAUAUGACCUCUACCGGUGACAGGUCUAUAGGUAGACCAUACAAGCCUUUCUAUGAAACAGAUAGGAGCAAUAAUGAUGUCUUUCUGCCACUAAGGGAAGUGAGUGAUCACAGUAUGCAGGUCAUGUCUACUCCAGCCAUCGCAAGACAGGAUUAUCUUGCAGGUGUUGGGAUGAGUACCCCAGCAGGCAUCAGUUCUUCCCCAAUCAAACUACCAAGAGUUUGAGCAAGCAGUCGGCCUUAUCUGGUGGGAGCAUAUGGAGGACGUACCCUGUGAUGUUGGUUGUGAAGCGGGCAGCGAGUUAUACUUCCAAUGCAAAUAUGAAUAAACAACAUGUGAUUGGGUCAGGAAGAUGGUGGACCCUGAUCAGCUACAAUGUUGAAUUUUAAAAGGGCAUUUAACUGCGAAACUUCCGAAAUUAAUAUGAAGGAAAAAGAUACCGAACAUGGAGAGGGAUCGUGAGCAGCUUAAAUUUCAUGUAUGAAACUGGCAUUUGACUCCACUACUUCCAGUAACAGAAUUGGUAAGGGAGAGAGGGGGGUCAUCAUUAGCUAGUGUUGAGUGUGAAACGGGCUGUUAGCUACACUUCUUCCAGUGAGAGAGGAGCUCUGAUUAGCUUCAAUGUCAGAUGUGAAAGGGGUUGUUUGCUACACUUGUUGGAAUGCUAGUUUAUAUAUAAGCUACACUAGUUUGAAUGGUAGUAUACAUAUAUAAACAGCCUUGUGAUGGGGAAGACCAUGGACCUAUUACGAAUGGACAUUCAACGAACCCCCGCCUUUGGGACAAAGACCGUCACCGCUAAUCCUUUUAUAAACAGAGCGCUGGCAGCUGACGCCCAUCAAGCCUGUCGUAAAACACGCUCUCGCUGAUGGACAGCGGAAAUCAAUUGUACGCUGCUCCUACCCGUUGCGAUGUUGUUCGUUCACUUUAUCAAAAGCAACGCACAGCAGCGAACGUUAACGCUAUGAAAAUGAUAGCAGAAACAAGAAAACAGGCGUGCAUAAACGUAUUUUUUACGUACAUCGCAAACAACCGCAAAUGAAAUGCAUUGACAUCACCUUGCAGAUCCGUAUAUCUACGGCAAAAAAGCAGUUGAAAUUUGACGGAGAAAUGUGUGAAAAAACGUUAAAAAUGCAUCUUUUUCGGACAGUAUUGAUGUCGAUAGUAGCGCUUACCUUUGGUCAGAAGUUGAUUUUCAUUUGGGCAUAAAAUUCCACAGGAUUGAUGAAAUUUAACGGGAUUUUUUUUGAUGGUCAGACGACAAUCGCACAUUAUAGACAGCCUAAAUUAAUGUACUGAAAAACCGGAUAUGAAUCGCGCAUUGCAUUCUAGGUAAUGUAGGGACUUUCCCUAUUGGCAAUCGGGGCUAAAACAUGACCGUCUUUGGUCGAAAGAGGGCCAGUGAUCGAUCGGUGACGAUCAUUGGCCGAAAGGAGCUUGUGUAAACAAUCGCCCCGGGCGGUCGUCGUAAAAACCGCGUAAAGAGAAAGUUAAGGGUUAGACAGCGAUUUUGACAGCUGGAAACAGGUGGUGGUCAUAAAGAGCUCUCGUUGAAUGUCCAUUCGUAAUAGGUCCAUGGGAAGACAUAGACCGUAUCAGGUGAAAUGGACAAUGUACCGCACUUUGUCUAAUGUGCCGAAAUAGGUGUGUACAUAAUGGAACAAGGAAGAAGAACCAUGAGUGAAUAUGAUUUAGAAUACUGUGAUACUGGAUGGUUAACUGAAGUGUGAGCUAAUAACCUCCUCCUUCGUUGCCAGUAUAAACCACCUUGAUUUUGUUACAAUUACCUCAGUUGUAUGUACAGACCAAUCAUUGCUGGCUUCUUAAAGAAAAUGCUCCCCAGGGAGUGGAGAAACUGUAAACUAUGUGUGAAGGCUUACCAGAAUCGAAGGUCUGGGUAUUAAUCUAUGUAUAUACAUGUAUGAUAUAUGUAAAUGUAUUUAAUUCCUAUAUAAGCUGAAAUAUUUUUAGUUCCCAGGUACUUUUUUACUUCAUGCCCACCAUUUUAUAAUACACAUUUUCCUCUACCAAAGCCAAGUUCUCUCUUGAGAUUAGAAUUACUCUGAGAAGGGUGAAUUGUAAUGUCCCCAUUUUAGCCUCUGGAAAGUGUGAAUUGCCACCAAUAGGCACAGACCUGAUUUUGGGUGGAAGAAAGAGUAAUUUCAAACUUUGUAUUAUACAUUGAUGAUAGGAAACUAUGCAGUGUCCCUAGCUUAUUCUUAGCCUCUACAAGUCUACUAUUUUGUCUUAUUUUCCAAGUUGGCAGGUAUGUCCACCAACUUUGUUUCAUGUUUGUUUGGUCUAAAUGUGACUGGUUUGCGGUAUGAAUUAGAAACAGCAUGUUUAUUAUGAUAAAAUAUUAAAAAGAUGCAAUGGCCAAUUUAGCUCAAAAUUAGUUAUAUAAGAAUGGAUAAUACCACCCAGGUACAUAUAAUAUUUUGGCACUUUGGUCUAUACAAUGCCUUAUGGUUUAUUCUUCACAUCAGAUAUGAUAAUAUGGACCAAUCAAGUAUUUGGCAAUUGUUUGGUGAGAUCAAUUCCACCCCAGAAAAAAGUUGAUUUGAAUCAAUAUAGAAAAAUCAAACAAGCAUAAUGCUGACAAUUUCAUCAAAUCGGAUUUAGUGUCGCUUAGUUUUCACAAAACAAUUAUAUGCAAAUGAGAGAUUU